AUGGCGGCAAGCGAUUCCGCCUUAGAGCUGCUUGACGAAUCGAAAGUCUCUGGAGAGAACGGGGAGAUCUACCUCUUCCAAUGGCUGUCGUCGACAGAGAGGUUAGCCAAGAAGGCUACUCCGGAGCAGCUCAAGGUCGUGCAAACGGACCUUGAAGCAGACAUGAUCAAGGUCAUUACAGCUCCGGAACCGUUCCCCCUUCCAGGCCGGCCCGUUAGGAGGCUUGUCGCAAGUUGUCUGAAGGCAUUCUACAUGCGUGGAGAGACCAAGUCACUCUUCGACACAAUCCAAGCAUUUCUCAAACUGCUUGCCGAAACGAAGCCUCCGGCGAAGGAUUCUAGCAGGACUGCCGCCAUGUAUUGCGUCGGAGAGCUCAUGGGCACGUUUGGGUCCCAGGUUAUGUCCCUCAUGGCCGAAGUUGCAACUGUUACUAUCAAGUUGUACCGUUCCUCAAGCCCCAUCAUCCUACGGGCAUAUUCUCUCUACACACUCGCGAGAGCAUUGAGUACCGCAAAACGAGCUGUCGCGGACUCCGUCGCGAAGGAUAUUAUCAAGCACAGCAAGAACGCGCUCAGCGACAAGGCCCUUCCUGUCCAGCGAGCAGCAUGCGAGGUUCUCAUCUUAAUGUAUCCCUCUGGAGAUGGCACGCGGUCUGUGGCUGAUGUGGAGAGCGUCCUGAGCAUUUGCGUGAAGAGUCUUGAAGGUGCCGAUCACCUAACUCGCAGGGCUCUCGCUAAGCUUGCAGCGCACAUGCUGGCGUCGACACAGGUUGAGAAGGUCAUUCCUGUCGUUGACACAGCGAAGAAGGGAAAGAAGACACAGAAGGAGGACGAAGACGAGGAUUCCACGCCCGGAAUGCACGUUGCUGCUGAGGAGUCUAAACCGGUCAUGACGCCUACCGAGAUGCUCCAGCAACUGUCUACACAUUUCAACAAGCCUCAAGCAUCCCGUAGGACACGAGUAGGGAUCUUUGAUUUCUACUCUGCCUUGCUUUCUCUGCUGGGCUCUAGCUUUGUCGAGAGCAACUAUGCGCUGAUCGUCACACAUUUCAUGACGGAGAUCGUCUCUAACCCAAGGAACUCAGGAAGCCGCUACGAGAUAAUCUUUGUGCGCUCACUGGUCGAGGUUGUUCUUCGAGACCUCAUCGGCGUGCGGAUGCUCGGUGAACAAGCGCAGAUCGCUGCAAUUCAAGAGCUUUCUAACACAUACCUCAAACGCUGGCCUGCGUUGAUGCCCGGGUCGUCUGCACCUAGCCCAUUGUGUCUAGUCAUCGCCUUGAGGGAAGUGAGCGGGCUUGUCCAGCAACUCGGAAACGCACCCGGACCAGUCCAGGACGCUCUGCUGGACCCAUUGCUUAACCUUCUAUCGCACCCAAGCCACAGUGUCCGGAUCAACACCGCAUGGACACUGCGCUGUUUCUGCUACUCGACGCCACUUCGUCUGCCCAAAGUACUCAUCAGCGUCGUGGAGAAGAUGCAGCGCGAUAUCUCAGCUCUGACGACUCCCGCUGCACCCUCCGACAUCCACCUCCGUGCGCUCGGCCAUGCGUACGGUCUCGCGGCGCUCCUUGCCGUCAUCCCCGAUCGCCCCCUCUAUGUCUCGUACGACAUCAGCGCGAAAGUGUUCGACAUGGCCGUGCAAGUCCUCAAGCGUGCCGGCGAGCACGAUGUCAAGAUUGCUCAGGUCGAGAUCGAGAUCGCGUGGACGUGCAUCGCGUCGCUCAUGACUCUUGGCCCCAACUUCGUCCGUCCGCACCUGCCGCAGCUGCUCGUCCUCUGGCGCAACGCGCUCCCCAAGCCGACGAUGAAGGACGGAGCUGCUGGGAGAAGCGUCGCAGAGUGGGAGUUCUUGCUUCAUGUCCGCGAGAGCACCGUUGGCGCUAUCUAUUGUUUCCUCAAGCAUAAUUCGCCUACGCUCGUGUCUGCCGACGUCACGAGACGCAUAUCCUCCUUACUCAGUAAUGGCCUCGCUUUUGCUAACACAUUCUUGACAAGCCGAGCGACCUUGAACCAAGAGGAGCUCUCGGCGGACGGCAAGGGUUUCAGUAUUGAUAGGCGCGAAGCUCUUCUCCGGUCUCGCAUCUUCCAGUCCUUCUCGCUGCUUGGCUUUGGGGGCGUCACGGAGUCUGUACAAAGCUCCCUGCUACAGUCUGUGAUCACUCUGUUUGCCAGCCCCGAUGGCUACGCUGGCUCUUCAGUCCAGGCGGCAAUCGCCUCGUCCGCGGGGACAUUUACGUCGAUCUGGCAGAGUAUGGAUGGGUACGCGUACGGUUUAACGAGUUUGCAAGUGGACGACAGCCCCAAGGACUGGAUGAACAGGGACAGUAUUGAGAUGGCUAUUGACGAGAUGAAGCCCAUCAUGACUGCACUGGAGCACGACCCACUCUAUUUGUGCCAGGCGCUAGCAGUGGAUACCAGCCGGAGGGUCCCGGAACCGCCUCCGGCCGCUACCGCAGCAGUGGACGCUGCCGUUCAGCUCUUCGCUCAGCUACUCCCCCUACAAGAUGUCGCGCAGACGACCCGCGUCGUCACACAAUUGUUGGGAUCUGCGGGCUCCGCAAAGCUUGAGAAGAAUGCAGGACGCAAGGCCGCCGCCCUUGUGAACACUACGUUCGCCGUCGUCCUCGCCCUUCGCCAAGCGACGACGAACAGUGCUCGCCAGGUCCUAGGGAACGCACAGGUAUCGUCGUCUCUCUCGACAUACCUCAAAGAUGUGGUCGUCGAUGGCGAUCCUGUCCUCCGCAGGGCGAGCAGUGAAGCCAUUGGUCGCCUGGCAAGCGUUGCCGGGACAAACUUCUUGACCAGCCAGGUGAAAACGCUUGUAGAUCAAGUGGUCAGCAAUCGUGAUCCUCACGGUCGAGCCGGAUGUGCAUUAGCAUUCGGGGCUAUCCACGCGCAUGUUGGAGGUUUAGCCGCGGGACCUUUGCUCAAGACGACCGUCCAUGUCUUGAUGUCCCUCAUUAACGAUCCUCAUCCCGUCGUACAUUUCUGGGCGCUCAAUGCUCUCGCUCGUGUAAUUGACGCUGCGAGUCUCGCGUAUGCGCCAUUUGUGCCUAGCACCCUCGGACUGCUAUUCAAGGUAUAUAUGAUGGAGUCCCACGAGCCCGACGGCGGUUCGCUCAACCACGUCAACAUCAGUGGCGAUCUCCCUACGUAUCAGGUUGUCUGCCAAAACAUAGACGCCGUCAUCACCGUCCUCGGUCCUGACAUCCAAGAGUCGACUCGCACUCGGACGCUUGUCCUCGAUCUCGUCUACCAGUUCAUCGACGAAGAGGACGAUGGGAUCUGCGUCGAGGCCAUGAAGUGCAUCCAGCAUUUCCUGAUGUUCGCUCCUGACCACGUCAACGUCCCGGAGCUGGUUGCGCGUUUCCGCGGCUAUCUCUCGUCCUCGCGUCGCCCGCUCAAGCUUGCGUCCAUCAAUGCGCUCUACCAGCUUGUGCAGAGAGACGCUCUGAGCAUGUCCAAGCUAGGAGGGGAUAAGCUCGUCGAGGAACUUUUCGCGAUGCUCGAUGACGAUUCAUCAGUUGAUGGUGUCCGGAACGUCAUCGCCAGCUGGUUACAGCAGACCGUCAUCUACAACCCUUCCGCAUGGAUCGACCUUUUCGAUGACGAGGGGCAAUCCCUCAGUGUCGUCGUUGGGCAGUCCGGGAGAAGGGAGCACCUCGACAUCGCGUUCGCACGUAGUCAGGGCCUCCCUAUACACGGACUCCUCGUCUCGCGUGUCCCCGACUUGAUAAAGAUCGCAUUCACAGCAUCGGCAGCCCAUGUCACGGAGAUCCGCUUGGAAGGCCUGACUGUCCUGACGGAUGUCAUUGAGACUUUCGCUAAGACCCCCGAUCCGGACUACGAAGAGAACUUGCUCCUGGAGCAGCAUCAAGCCCCUAUCACUGCCGCGUUAACUCCUGCGUUCUCCUCCGAUUCUACGCCGGAGAUCUUAGCCUCUGCCAUUGGGACAUGUGCCAUCUUCGUGGGCUGCGGUGUGGUCAAAGACAUUGGUCGAAUGGGUCGUAUUUUGAAGCUCCUGACAUCGGCGCUUGAGCAAUCGAAAGGAUCCGGAAUGUUGACCCUAGGAGACGCAGCUGAGCUGAGCCCCAACGCGUCUGUGAUGUUGCGGAUCGCUACACUGUCGGCCUGGGCAGAAUUACAAGUUGCGAGUGCGCAACAGACAUACCUCGUCGAGGUAGUCAAGCCGCACCGCGCUGUACUUGCACCUCUUUGGAUCUCCUCUCUGCGAGAUUACGCCAGCAUCCGCAUUGACGCCGAAACGCUGGAUGAUACCCCGGCCGGUGCAUUGGACUCUUCGUACUCUAGCCUUGGACGGGAGGUCUUACUGCCAUACUACAUAAGAGCAUGGCCGAUCAUCUUGAAUGCCGUGGCAAUUGCUAUGCAGAAUGACGAUCCGAGCAUUCUCGCUGCUAUGGAUGGGCAGGAUGCAUUGCCAGACGGGCCACCCAGUGAUAUACAGUCGGGUACCCGCGAAGAACCAACGACGUUCUUCUUCGUAGUGUUCGGCUUGGUUUAUGAGGCCCUGGCUACGUCGACUCCCGACUCUGGCCUCGAGGCGCAGCGUAACUCUAUCGUGUCUCUUCAAGCGCUGAAAUGCCUUGUCCGACGGAAGUACUGUGGCAGAGUGUUCAAUGAUCAGCCUCUGUUCGAGGAGCUACUGAGUCUCUUAUACCGUAUGGCUCUGACGGAGUCAUCCGGCGUCCAGAUUCACCUGGUGGAAGCGAUCGCAAGUCUUGCGGAUAGCAUCAAGUCGGUUGGCACUACGAAUGGUCACACCGGUACGGACGUUUUAUCAUCACCGCAAGCCCACUGCCUACGGGUCUGCGCAUAUAUCUUGCGUAGAGUUAUCUCGGGCCCAAAGACCGGUGCUGUCCACGAUGCAGCCUCUCCUGCAGAGAAGGUCAGGCUAAUCAUCGCCGCCUUUGAGGCGUUCUCCGCUGUUGCAGCGUCAUUCGGCCCCUCGUACAGAGAGGAUUUCAGAGCACUAGCAAUCACAUUGUAUUGCGAUUUACUGAAGGAUGAAUCAUCAGAGCUCGACUUCGUUGGCCCAACCCUGCCGGCAUUGAAAGCGCUCCUCGACCGUCCUGCUAAUCUUCCUGAUCCGGAUCACAAGUAUGGACGACUAGUGCACGGUUUGCUGUCAGCGUGCUUGGUGAACAUCGGUGCAAUGAGCGGCCGAGAAGGGCCCAUGUGCAAUAAGAAGAUCAAGUGCAAUCUCCUUGCAGCGGUCCUCAUUCUCACCGUAUUACCAACGACGGUUGCUAUCGGCAAAGCAAUCAUUGAGCACUGCUGUUCCAUCAUCUCUCAGAAACUCGUGGAAGGCAGCGAGCUCUCGUUGACAGCGGCACACUGCGCAAAAACACUCAUCAUGGCCUCCACAUCAGGCAACCCUAUUCUGCGGCAAUGCACGAGGUUAUUGCUACCUGGUCUUGUGGAAUGCCUAGCGAAAGCGGCAGCCUCUAGUGACGAAGCCUCUCCCCCAGAUCGUGUCAUGGCUACAGUAGGAGAGAUCAACAAGGCACUUUCGGCUCUUCUCCUUUCGUUAUCAGAAGAACUCCGUCCUCGCGCGCUUGGUGUCAUUAUGCCGGUCCUCGUCCUGUUCCUUGAUCCUUCCCGACAGCCGCCAACGCCGCUACACACACAAGCCGUCACUCAGCUCUUGGCGCUGGCGGCCGCUUCGCCUGCUGCGUUCAAGGACGCAACUGGGCGACUAGAGCAAUCGAUGAAGGAAACAUUGGAGACUUCUGUGAGGCAAGCUCUUGGAAGCAAGUCGCAGGUGGCCGAACCAGCCAAGCCCCAAAUAUCUCUCCGUGCGUUCUAA